GCAGUAACGAUAAAUUCUUCGUACAGUGCGCGCGCUCACUCGACUCGACGCGAUUCUUAUAAAAAUUAACGCAGUCGUAACUUUUUUAUUCAUUUAAAAACCUCUUCGGUGAAAGUUUUUUUUUUUAAUUACGUGUUCUUUUUGAUUGUCUAUUGUUUAUUUAACAGUUAAAUUUAUGUAAACAGUUAAGAAUAAGAAUAUUCUCAAAAAUGAAUUUGAAACUAAACAAUGAAUUACAGGAAACUCAACGAAUAUUGUCGUUAAAUCAUCCUGUUUCAUCGGUAAAGGAGGAGCGUCGCCGUACUGGUCGUUACAUUGCCAUUUUAGUUGGCAUCUCACUGUUCCUCCUGGCGAUGUACCACGCAUGGGUACGACGUAUCCCAAUAGUGGCGAGUCUCGUGGUACCUGCCCUCAUCAUGUUCGUCUACGUAGCUUGGGUGCUUUACACUGCAUCUAAGGACAAGCAUAGGUUGCUGGAUGCGGAGGCAGCAUUGUGUGCUGCGGCUGAAGCAGCAGAUUGCGAUACUCAAUCAAAUAAUCAAAGCAACAUUGAAAUAUCAGUCAUAUCUAGUAAAGAUAGUUCCAAAUUUAACUCUCCAGACAGUUCCAUACACAAAGACUGGACAGAAAUAGGACCUGUAUCAAAAGAAGAUACACGCAAAAUUAAUGUCGACAACAGAAUUUUGACCCCAUUAAUAUUAAUAAAUGAUAAACUACCAGAAGAUUUGGAUCAGAAAUGGUCGCAUAUGGUAGCUUGGAAUAAUAAUGACAAGAUAAGACUUUUUCCAGCAAGGAAAAUGCACAAGAGAAAAUUUUGCAGAAGAAAACAUGAAGUGUUUAAGAGAUCGUAUUCGAUAGCAUAAAAAUAACAAUAAAUAUUAAUAUAUUAUUAUCUUUUUAAAUACAGACAGUAGAAUAAAAUAUUACUAUAAUUUAGGUUUUUGCAUAUUUAAAAUAAAUGUAUUUGGUAUCAAAUUAUACACAAAUACCUUUUCGGCUGUAUAAUACUCACUUAUAUACUUUAAUAAAGACAUUGUGUUAU